AUGGCACUGCGCCGCGUGAGUGGAAUCCUGCUCGCUGGCGGCGCCCGCGCCAUGUCGACCUCCGUCCCAACCACCGGCAUGCCUCCGGGUCCGUUUCCCGUCGGCGUGACUACCGUGCAGUUUUCCGACGGCAGCCGCACCGACCCGGACAGUGGCGGGCCUCGCCAGCUGCAGACGGAGAUCUGGUAUCCCGCGGCGAGCGAGGCCGCCUCACAGCCGCGCAACCUGUACUCGGAGUUCCUCAGCCGCGGCGUCAUCCCCGGCUCGAUCGCCGCGGCCGAGACGGACGACGCCAUCGGAGGCUAUCGGGAGGGCCUGACGAUUGAGGAGCUCGACCGUACGUGGCCCAACCAGGCGGUGCGGGACGCGCGGCCGUGUGGCGCGUGCAAGAGGCCGUGGCCGCUCGUCAUCUUUUCGCACGGCUCCGGCGCCUUCCGCGCCAGCUAUAUCUAUUGGACCGAGUUCCUCGCCUCGCACGGCUUUUGCGUGGUCGCGUGCGACCACCCGGGCUCCGCGCGAUACACGCAGGUCGGCGGCGCGGUCGUCAAGCCGGGCGGCACGCGCUCGGCGCGCGCGCAGAUGGAGGCGGACCGUCCCGCAGACAUGCUAUUCCUGCUGGACUGCAUGGAGGCGCUCUCUCGCGGCGCAGACUCGCGGUUCGCGGGCAGCCUCGCACCUAGAUGA